AUGGCCUCCAUCAACGACUUGCCCGAUGAGCUCCUCGUGGAGAUCUUCUCCGCGGUGGAUCUCGCGCAAUUGGGUAACCUCAGACUUGUGUGCCACCGCUGGAAUUUCGUUAUCGUCGACCCCACCACGUGGCAGCGGGCAUUCAGCCGUACUUUUGGCGCCCACCGCCACUUCCCCCAGAUCAGGGCCAAUUUGACGUGGAUGGGAGAAUACUACCAUCGACUCAAGUGUAUUCGUCUUUGGAGCAAAGCCCGGGGCACUCACGUGUCGUACCAGUUGAUAAAUAACGAUCUACGCUACGUCGACCACGUGCUUGCCGAUUUUGACGCUAAUGGAGGCUAUGGUAAGCUCCUCACGGCGCUGUCCACAUACGGUUCGAUACUGUGGUGCAAUUUGACCAAUGGUCGUCACCAAGGUUUUGUUCCCUGGCGCGGUACUGCCUUGAUGGAAGCGUUUGCCACUAAUUGGCACUGGUCAGUGGCCGGUGUCCACGACGAGUUGGUGAUACGCAAUUUGAAAGCAUUAAGCACCAGAGGUAACGCUACUGUGAUUGCCAAACGAAAUCUGACCGAAAUUACGGGGCAUAAGUUUACUGCGAUUGCGAUAAACCCUUCACAUUCAUCAGCAAAACAAGGGCCUGACAUUGCUACAGCCACUCUGGGAGGCACAAUAGAGUUGUGGUCACUCCAGGGGAAGUCUCUAGCCACUAUUGGUGGCGAUGAACCCAUCAUUCAUUUGAAACUGGACUUUGCUAAUUACAUCCUUUAUAUCACCACAACUAAAUUGGUGGUGCGGUCAUUUAAGCUGCCGUUUGACAUAAUAGCCACCCACGACCUCCCCCAUCCGCUAGAGGGAGAAUACUUGGACCAUUUCGCUACAUUUCACGUCGACUUUGCUGGUCAAAACGCCAUCUUUAGUCACGGCACAAAUGUCAAAGUGUACCAUUUCGGUAGUCUACCCGAAAUUGAAGAGAGAACCUUACAAAUGAAUGGUAAUGUGGUGCUUAACGAGAUGCAACUGAUACCUCCAGAACGGGUUCAAAAGCUAGGGCUGCAAGACACUAAAGUACCUGGAGGAGACGCGCUAUACUUUGCCACCGUGCUUGAUACCGGCUCAGUAGUGGUGUGGAACUGUCGUAGUGCCCAUACUACCAUCAUCCCUCAGUGUGAGAUCGCCCCACCAUACUUCGGCAAGCACUACCCACAGCUCUCCGAUGAUAUUAGUCCCGUGACCUCAGUGGCAAUCAAUGCUGCUGUGGUCGUAGUAGGUGGCUACCGUGGUUAUUUCAACGUCUACGAUGUGUUCACAGGAAAUAUCAUUAAGCUGGAGGCCCUGGUGAAGUACCCACGCAAGUUCCGCGAGAUGUUUGACGAAUUAGUCCCUAUCAGUGCGAUUAAACUUGAUAAUCGCGACCAGCUGGCAACUCAUGGUGUUGUUGUGAGUGGCCAGUUUGUCCAGUACUUCCGCUUUGGCGACCACGUGCCCACACCCUCCCAUCGCUCCGCCCCUAAGCGCCGCAACGUGGCUCGGGAGGCACCAAUAAACCGACAAAUAAGCGAUGGCAUUGACGAGUACGAUCGCGAGCUAUAUAACCGUCGCCAAGAGGAGGCGUUGGUGGAAAAGUACAACGGCAGCGAUCUCGAUGUCGACGAGGAGCUUCGGGUGGCACUUGCGUUGAGCGCAAGCCAACCUUCCACAGACAGUGAUCUUGAGCGGGCUAUAGCUGCUAGUCGCGAAGAGUCACUCACUGUGUCAGCUGUAGAGGAUGACGAAGAAGAGGAUGAGGAGCUUAGACGAGCCCUCGAAUUGUCGCUCCUCGAAAGCUGA